AUGUUCAAUUGUGUGAUUCACACGGAUGGCUUUGCUGUCACUUUCUUUUUUGUCAGGGCUAAGAAAAAGAACAGUGACAUACCUUUGCUUACACUUGAAGAUUUCACUCGCGAUGAAAUUGAACGGUACUUCGUACCGGUUACUGUGGAUCCUGGUCGCAAUCAAAUAUUCACUGCUGCUGUAGGCUACGACAGCGUUCAUCAUCAAGUUCGCUCAUGUAGCAAAGAGGAACGAGCCAACAUUGCUGGUUACACCAGGCGCGCAAAGAGGCAAAGAGACGUCAAUGCGGCCAAAAAUAUGCUUACUAUUGCAAAUUUCGUAUGGGAACACAAUGGCCACUCUGAAAUUUUCUCUCACCAUCACCAUAGCGAAAAUGGUGCUGCAGGUUCUAUACCGACGGCUUGA